GAGGGUACUGGGGAGGGAGGGGGAGGAGGGAAAGUUUUGGUUGUCCCGCAGGAGUCGGGUUGUGUUUUCGUUCUGCCCCCUGUAGGUACAAAGCAAACAACGCAUGCUACUCAUUAGCACAAGCCACCAAGGUUACACAUUAACCAGAGACGAGUACUUCCCACGGAAGCCUGAGUCAGUCUCCCCAAGGCAUGCUGCCGUCCAGCCGCUACUCCUCACCAUGGACGACCGCACUGAGCGAGGCGAUCAGAUGAUAGGAGAGGACCGGGCGCUACGCGUCGUCCCCCGCCGGGCCGAGGCGGACGUCACGGUGGUCUUCCAGAAGGCUGGCCACGACUGCGAAGACGAAGAUGAGGAUGUUGAAUGUGCAGCUGAGAGGAUUAGUUUGCAAACGAACAGCCAUAUUCGACCUCAUGAUGACGAUGGAGAGGCAAGCUUUGAUUAUGCUGAUGAUGAGGAGGAGGCGAAGACGAGAGGAAGGAAGAAGAAGAGAAGACUGUGCCCACCUGUGAUGUGUUUUACGAACCGGCACGGCGAGGACCAGAAGCAUCCAGGAGCCAGCUUUGGGAACGGGGUGGUGGCGGCGGUGGUGGAGGAGGAGGCGGAGGGGAAGAAGAAGAGAUGCCCGGGCCUGGGCUUGUUCUACGGCCUCCUGUCCACCAUGUUCUUCUCCAUCAUCGCGCUGCUGGUGAAGACCAUCAAGGACGUCCACUCCAUCGAGAUCAGCGCCUUCCGAUGCUUCUUCCAGAUGCUCUUCGUCUUGCCCCUCCUCAUUUACCACAAAACCGGGUUCUUGGGUCCCCGGGACAAGCGCAUCUUCCUGGUCCUCCGGGGCUUCCUGGGCUCCAACGCCAUGAUCCUGCUCUUCUACGCCGUGCAGCAGAUGCCCCUCGCCGACGCCACCGUCAUCAUGUUCAGUAACCCAGUGUUCACGGCCCUGCUGGCGUGGAUCUUCCUGAAGGAGAAGUGCACCCUGUGGGACUGCUUCUUCACCGUCUUCACCCUGACCGGGGUCAUCCUCAUCGCCCGGCCGCCCUUCCUCUUCGGGGAGCGCCCCCCAGGCAUCGAGGGGAACUACGCCAACCACAUCAAGGGCACCGUCGCGGCCUUCGCUGGGGCCAUGGGGGCGGCGUGCACCAUGGUGGUGCUGCGCAAGAUGGGCAAGAGCGUCCACUACUACCUCUCGGUGUGGUACUACGCCGUCAUCGGCCUGGCCGAGUGCCUCAUCGUGCUCGCCGUGCUGGGCCAGUGGGCGCUGCCGCCGUGCGGCCGCGACCGCUGGAUCCUCAUGCUGAUCGCCGUGCUGGGCAUCGCCGGCCAGGCCUUCCUCACCAAGGCCCUGCAGAUCGAGAAGGCGGGCCCCGUGGCCCUCAUGCGCACGCUGGACGUGCUGCUGGCCUUCGUCUUCCAGUUCGUCUUCUUCGGCCGGGCGCCCUCCUGGUGGAGCCUGGGCGGAGCGCUGUGCGUGGUGCUCAGCACGGUGGGCGUGGUGCUCAGGAAGUGGUACAGGAACACUCACAAGUGACGCGGCGGCGGCGGCCCGCGGCUAAAGGGACGAGGGGAGGAGCGCGGCCACGUCGACCGGUACCCGGGCGGGGAGCGGAUCUCGGAAGGAGCGCGCCCUACGUGACGUUGGAGUGAGGCCGGAGCAAUAGCACAGAAGACCCUUUUAAAACAAAGUAUUCAGGUAGUGUCUUUACAUUUAUGAACGAUAUCGAUAGUUUACUUUUACGCUGUUCUUAUUUUGAAAGUGCCUUGAUCGCUGAACUGUACUAUCCCUGGUCCAAAUCGUUGAGAAUCUCUUUUUGUCUUCAAUUUAAAAAGAAUCUAGUGAAAGACUGCAAAUAUAAAGUAUUUAUAUUUAUUAUCUUCUUACCUGGUAGAUGAUUAACCGAUGGUUUAAGGUGUAUUCUUUUUUGCAAUUGUAUUCAUAAAAUGUUAUCUCGGUUUGGGGAACCGUAGUACGUUUUUGUUGCUUAAAACCGUGAUGACCAAAAUGGGUGCUAUCACCUAAGUAAAGAGAGGUUAAGAGCAGGUCAAUGUUGAAAGCGUUAGUUUAAUGUGCCAGUUAGUUGCUCGCUAACUUACUGUUCUAACAUUGUGAAAUACAACUGAAUGCCAUUUUUCAUGGAAACCAGCCCCUCCCAUUGAACUCUUAAAGUACGUCCAACUGUAAUAAAAAGUCACCUCGUGCCAGAUAACGAUUAGAGCAUAUGUCCUCUGUCAGGGAGCCAAGAUAAGUGAAACCAAAGUUUUAGUAGUAUUAAUAGUUAGCUAACCUAAUAAUUAAAGGGCCACCAGCUCUGAGUGUGAUUAGGCAUUACAAGCUAUUUUAAAAUCGGCCGUUCCCUGGGCCCUAGUGACAUCAUUAGUGGGCGUGUCCACCUGAUGUGUGCUGGAUAGGUCAGUGCACCUGCCUACCCAGUGGGCUGGGCUAUCUAUCCAUCAACGGCUUGUAAUGGCUAAUCACAUGAUAUCACCCCUUUAACCAUUUUUUCUAUAUAUAAAGCAGUUGCAUGCAUAAGCCUUGAAACCUUAUUUAUUUUGUUGAUUUAUGUUUUAGAACUUCCGAGUUGAAAAUGUACUUGAAUACUACACGAAACUAACGCUACAUUCGCACUCUUUGUGUGCUUUGCUCUGUUAAAACCAUAUAAUUCUGUCCUUUUUUAUGUAGCGCUACAAAUUUAAACCCAAAUUCUCUAAUCAAACAUACAGCAGCUUUAAAUAAGUGUCUAUCUUAAAUGAAAGAAAAUUUGAUUUGAUUUGAUCUGAACGAUUUUUUGUGUUUUCAUUUUCAAAAGGUAUAUCCUUCCAGUAUUUACAGUAAACUUCAUAGUUGUGCUAACAAGCACUAAUAAUAUUCGUAGAAUCUAAGACAGAAUUUGGAAACUCAAAUUAUUCAUUAGAAUUCAUCUAAAUUGAUAAGCAUUUAGAAGGUUUUAUGUCAAAAUGAAUGCAGCACCAUAAUCAGUUUAGUUAUGGUUUAGUUACUUGAAAAUAACACUAAAGUGGUGCAGUGGUCGAAGUACAACAGUAGAAGGAAAACAUUUUUGCAACAUCGGUGUAUACUUAUAUAUAUAUGUAUAUAUAUAUAUAUAUAUAUAUAUAUACACACAUACAUUCACACUGGAACAACAAGCUCAGCUUCAUCAAGGAUUUGAUCUAUAGUACAAUGUGAUAAUUUUUAUGUGGAGUCGUGACAUCACCGAUAAACACAUUGAACAGACAACCCUUAUAUUUUCUUUAAUAUUACCUAAAAGCAAUGACAUUUUGCUCAUAGUAUUUAUUUGACCUUAUUCACAAAACAUUUGAGUCCUAUUUGUAUGUAGCUUUAAUAUAAGGGCUGUAUAAUAGUUCAACAUUUAUCGUAUCGAAAUGUAUUUUCUGUGAUCUUCAAAAAAAAGAUUUAUAUUUCUGUGAUCCAGUGUUUUAAUGCUUUAAUAUUUCAGCAUAUUUUUUUAUUGAUAAAGAAAGUUUACUACUAAGCUAAAGAUCUAAUUUUAAAGAGUAACCAAACACAAAAAUAACAACCAGCGCGACAGUACCAUCUCUGGUCACACAGGGUAUUGCCGUUGUUGUUUUUGAUUGGCUCAAAUCUAUGCCAUCCUUAUAUUAUUUGUGCUAUUGAGGGAAAAAUCCUGAUUUUCCAAGAUGAAUAAUUCAUUGCAUACCAUAUAAUCGUCAGAGACUCCUUGAUUAUUUAUGGGUGAAUUUAGAUUGUAAUGUUAAUGGAGCUUAAACUUUUUGAGAAAUGUAAUAUUUAAUUUAUAAGGUAAUGGUAAAUAAAUAACGUGCUAUCAAAUGCUUAUCCCCACUUCACAUCUCUAUAGAGUUGACAAUGGUUACCCAAGUGGUUCCUAAUAGUCUGAAGGUCUGUAGCUCCAACUUGAACUUCUGUCAAAUGUAAUUAUGUGUUGAUUUGGCUCUUGGAGUGAGUUUUUGUUGAAAUGAUAACUCACUGUGAUAGUUUUUCUAUUUUUCUUUUGAAUGUCAUUCAGGAAUCAAACUUGAACUCACAAAAGUUUGUAGAUCUGCUUUUCACACACAUUCCAAGUCAUCAGGAAUCCGCCAUUGAAUUCCUGGUCAAAAAGUACAACUUCCUUGGAUUGUGCUUUUGGAACUUUGGAAUAAAAUUCCAAAAUCGAACUGAAAACCCCUUUAAUGCUCAAUUUAAAGCACCUUCUUCAAAGAGUUAUGUUUUUAAAACUUGAAGUUCAAUUGUGGCUUAAAAUACGUCUACCUGUGCACUAUGCAAGUAACUUACAAUGUGUUUCUGAAUAUUUUGGUUGUAUUCGUUUUUUCACUUAGUUGGCUAAGUGAAAAACUAAAUAUAAUCAUUAUACAGCUCUUAAUUCAGCUCUUUUUAGCUGUAUUGUUGAUAAAUAGCUUUUAUUGACUGACACUAUUUUUGACGGAUGUAUAUUUAUUCUACAGUAGCUGCUCAAAAGUACCUUAUUCAUGGUAGCAUUGUUGUGACUUUAUAUCCAACUCAUCCGUUCCUUUCACAUAAUUCACUGUUAGAAUUGUAGUUAAAGUUUCUCACCAUUUUUGAAGAUCUUGUAUGACAUUGCUUUUACUAGAAAAAUGACAAAUAAUUACAAAGUAAAUUGCCCCAUCUUGUAUUGAUAUACAUUUGGUUUUAAGGUAAUUACUUCCUAAGCUUGUUAAACUACCAACAAGCCUUACAAAUUAAUAUUGAAUCUGUUUUUUAAUAUUUUUAUAUCCAUCCUUUAUGAAUUUUUAUUUUAGUGUGUCUAUAUUGUCUUAGAUUUUAAAUAUAUUCUGAGAUGUAUAUAUUUCUACAUGGUGAUAAGGAUUUUAUUUAGACAUUUCUGUGAUUCAUGAAUAAAAUACACGUAAUUUUGUACCUGUAUGGUUCUGUGGCCUUAACUGUGUAUCUCAAUUUGACAUUGUUACAUUUCUACAUGACACUAAUAAAUGGAGAUAGCGUUGCCUGACUUCAA